AUGGCGCUGCCUCUGCUACUACCUGCUUCUGCUCCUGCUCCUGCUGUUGCUGCUGCUGUUGCUGCUGCCGUGCUGCCGCUCUCGCUCCCGCUCCGGCUGCAGCUGCUGCUGCUGCCGCUCCUGCUCCUGCUACUCCUACUGCUACCCCGCUACGGCUACGGCUACGGCUGUGGCUCCGGCUCCGGCUACUGCUUACUGCUUCCUGCUUACUGCUACUACUGCUGGUACUGCUACCGCCUACAGCUACAGCUACUGCUACCGCUACUGCCACCGCCACUGCCGCGACUGCUGCUGCUGUUACUGUUACUGCUACUGCUACUGCUACUGCUACUGCUACUUGCUACUGGCACUGGCACUGGCACUGCUACUGCUACUGCUACUGCUACUGCUAGUGCCACUACUAUGACGGUCACCUGCUGCUGCUACUACUACUACUACUACUACUACUACUGUUACUACUACUACUAA